UUAAGCACAGGGACAACUUUACUUUUACUGACCAGUGUUCAUUUUGAUUUAUAUGUUAUUUAGAGAUAUGUGUUUUUAUAAACCUUCAUUUCAGACAUGUUUGGCAUAUUUGGGGGCAUUGUACCAUGUGAGAGGGGGACCUGUACCUCAAGGCAAUACUGUGACCAGUCAGGGGGUGAAUCUAUAGGUUACUGCAUUGAACCACAGAUGUCCUCGAGAGGUGUAUGCUGUUCCUUCAGAGAGUCUUGUGGUCAGACAACAUCUGACAACGUGGCACUGUUCCGGAAUCCCAACUACCCAGCCAUUAACACGGAGCCUAUCAACUGUGCAUUCACCAUGGUUCCUAGACAAGACGUGUGUGGAGUCAAGGUGGAGUUCAUUGAAGCCAUACUUUCUCCUGCCGUGCACUGGGCCUGUUCACGGGAUUCAGUAACAAUAUUACAGUAUAAACAGACCUUGGAUGGAUACAAUGUGCCCUUCUGCGGUUUGAUACAAGGAAUGUCCACUGUCAUCAAUGUGAGGGGCACGAGUAAGGUGCAGGUUGUGGUAACUGCACAGAGUCCCAAUGCUUUCUGGAACAUCCGACUGGCUCAAAUUAACUGCACAUCUGUACAUGUUCCAGUGGUGGAAGCCUGUGGCAUUGCCAAUGCUUUGUACCCAAGCAUGGAUUCAAAAGAAAACUCAUUAUCAUCAUCAACACCGAAACCUAACGUGACGUUGAACUCAUUUCCAACAUUCAGAACAAAGCAGCAACGUUUUUCCAGCAUCACACGGCCGAAAGGUGUCUCAACAAGCAGGAUAAUAGGGGGUAUGGAGUCACCCAAUGUGUUCCCUUGGGUCGCAGCACUGAUGUUUGAUUAUUCUUUCCGAUGUGGGGGAUCCCUCAUCACUCAUGAGUGGGUGCUGACUGCAGCUCACUGCUUGUUAUUCGAUCAAGCACCAACUGUAGCAGACAUUGUACGCUUCACAGUGUUGCUGGGUAUACACAACUGGAACACAGUGCAAGAUAUCAGGCAGGUCGCGCUGCGUCUCAGCAGAAUAGUGAGGCACCCUCAGUUCCUGGGAACUAGACAUGACAUUGCACUACUACGUCUGAUUCAGCCUGUCAGCUACAGCGUCAUCAUCAGGCCCAUCUGCCUGCCGCCAACAUCUGAUGAGACAUAUGCCGGUCGCUAUGGAGUCAUCGCUGGCUGGGGACGCACAGGAAAUAACUCAGUGUCAGGGCCAACAUCAGUAUUACUUUCUGCAACUGUACGCAUCCUGGAUAAUGUCAUCUGCAACCAGCUGUGGAAUAUGAAUGCAAGGCGCCAAAUCGAGAACAGCCAGCUGUGUGCUGGACCAGGCACUCCAGCAACAUGUACGAGGUACGGUCCUGCUCUGCACGCUUGCGUUUACUGCUCUGAGACUGCGCUGGUCCAUCUGUCUCAUCCUGACUAGAAGACCCUGGAGUGCUUAGGAAGUCUUUCUGUUUGUUAGCCUCUGUUGUGCGGGUCUCUCGCCUCAGGGGAACUUCUCCCACAACCUGGACCAGCAUCUGCGUUGUCAGGAAGUCCUACACCAAUGACAUUUCCACAGAUGAAUAGAACUACUUGCUCUUCGGAUAUACAGUGAUUCUGAACAUAUAAAAUGAUGGCCUAAAAUUGUGCAAACAGUCGAUCAUGACAAGCUGCACCAUUCAGCUUCAGUGCACAAUAUAGCUCAGUCAGUAUAGUGAAAAAGUAGGCUGCAGACUGAAUGACCAGAGCACUGGGGGGACAGACAUGUUUCUCCUCUCCACAGCAUCCGGAUGGGCUCUGCAGCCCAGACAGCCUCUACCCAGUAGGUUCCGGCAGCUAACCAUUCACCUUAAUCUAGUGUUGUGCUGUAUAAGUAUGAGUAUGAGGGGUGAGCCAUGAAACUGGCCCUAGCACUGCGACCUUUAAUGGUCUAUUGUGCUUGUGUCGUCCUGUAACUCCACUUCCGCAGACAUCUUAAUCACAUGGCAGUUAAUUAACUAAGCAUAGGGACAACUUUACCUUAUACAUGUAAGAAACUGAUCCCUUUGGCUGUGUUAAUAGAGCACAAUUAUUUGAAUAUCAUACACAUAAAUAAAUUGUAUUAUAAUUUGAUUAUCAAAACAUUGCACUUCUGAGAACAGAUUUCUUUAACCCACAAAACACUGUUAAAUCACAAAUAUAAAUCACUCCGUCCAAUGUGACCUGUAAGUUUAUUACUAUAUGAG